AUGAGAGCUCUCAAAUGUACAUGUAUUCUUUCGAUCAAGACUAUUUUGUGCAUACGAGGGGGCUUUGCGCUUUUUGAGUUUGAGGAUCCGCCUGAGGACAAUCUAGAGAGAUUUAAUGGUAUGACCAGCAUGAAGAUUUUAGAAUUUAUAAAAGAACAGAUGGAAGAUAUAGAGCAAGCUGUUGAUGAUAUCAUAAAUAAAAGUGAGGAAAGGAAUGAAGAGGAGGAAGACGAAGAUGAAGAGGUAGAUGAAAUGAUGGAAGACGAAGAUGGUUUUGAAAGCUCAAAACAAAAAUCCAUACUUUGUGAAAAUUGUUCAUGGGCUACACAAACCCUAGAACCUUGCGAUAUUUGUAAAGAGAAAAGAACACUAAAAGAACUUGCAUACGGACUAGUUUGUAUAGGUGAAACUUUAGUAAGCGGGGAAGUUCAAGUGUGGGAAGUCAAUGAAAAAAUUCAAUUUUUGAUAGAGUCAAUUCUUGUAAAAGCCAUUGAAGAAGAAAAACAAGAAGAUACCGUGUCUAUAAUGAACAUAAGAACUUCACAAGCAGCGGUAGUUCAAGCCAUAGUUUUUCUUGAGUCAUUAGUUGGGUCUCUUGAUAUUUACAGUUAA